AUGGCUACCAAGACGUUGGAGGCUCGAUUCGAGCAUCUUACUGUCAAGGAUGACAACGAGGCCGGAAAACAUAGCAGUACCUAUGCAAAGCACAAGGGGUCUUUAUCCACAGCCAUGUCGCUCUCCAGCCUGGGAGCUACUGGACAGUACAACAGCGGCUCAAGUCGAUCGACUUUGCUGAAGCUUGCUUUACAAAAUACCAAUGAAAGCAAGGUGAAUGCUAUGCACGCCGGAUCGUCUCCUCUUAAAGGAGCCCCAAGCACACUACCACAUCGCGAUACCGACGAGAAUGGAGAACUGCGUCAUGGCCUGCCGCUGUACGAGCAGCCAUCGCCAAAGAAGUUGCAUCUGGGAAUGUUCGAGAUUGGCAAGCCUCUAGGAAAGGGUAAAUUUGGCAGAGUCUACCUGGCCAAGGAGAGAUCAUCUGGUUUUGUAUGCGCCCUGAAAGUCUUGCACAAAUCCGAGUUGCAACAGGGUGGAGUGCAGAAGCAAGUCAGACGAGAGAUCGAGAUCCAGAGCAAUCUGCGCCACCCUAAUGUUCUUCGACUCUAUGGCCAUUUCCACGACAGCAAGAGGAUCUUCCUGAUCUUGGAGUUCGCGGGCCGAGGAGAGUUGUAUAAGCAUCUUCGAAAGGAGCACCGAUUUCCUGAAUGGAAGGCCGCUCAGUAUAUUGCCCAGAUGGCUGCUGCACUGAAGUACUUGCACAAGAAGCAUGUUAUGCAUCGUGAUAUCAAACCAGAGAACAUUCUGGUUGGUAUUCACGGUGAGAUUAAGAUCAGUGACUUUGGUUGGAGCGUCCAUGCACCAAACAAUAGAAGACAGACGAUGUGUGGUACUCUGGACUAUCUCCCGCCCGAGAUGCUCAAGCCGAACUCGCAAGACAACUACUACAACGAGAAGGUCGAUUUAUGGAGUUUGGGUGUCUUGACGUACGAGUUCCUCGUUGGAGAAGCACCUUUUGAAGAUACCCCCGUCAUGACGCAAAGGCGGAUUGCAAGAGCGGACAUGACAGUGCCCUCAUUUGUGAGCCCCGAGGCAAAGGACCUGAUCAAAAGGUUACUCGUCCUCGACCCCGAUAAGCGCAUUUCCCUUGAUGAAAUCCAGCGACAUCCUUGGAUUCUAAAACAUUGCUUGAAGGAUGACCGUACUACCAAGCGUAGUUCUGCGACUUCUAAAGAACCCAAGGCGUGA